AUGCAGUCCGAGCCACUGGACAGCAAAAUAUGUAUGUUGCCUUAUAAUACAAACACGGCAAACCAUGAACGAGUGUGGAACAGCGGCGGUAUCAUCAAAUAUUCGUUCCGGGAUAUCAAGUACAAAGGCGAUCAUUUAGCGUUAGAUUUUUGGUAUAAUUGGAUUAAAUACAAGGUCGCUUCGAGAAAUUUUAAAAAGGAGCUGAAUUGCUGCGAUGCGGUGAUUUGUUCCCUAUCUUUUGGCGCGAUCGAAAGGAAGGACUGCUAUACUGCUAUUCGGCUACGUGUAAUAAAACUGAAAUUAGUGAAGUACCGAUUUGUGUUUGUCACGAAUGUAAUAGACCACCCGAAACUGGUUGUUCACGUUACAUCUGAUGAACCAAUUUCCGUUAUGGUGAUUCAUGGCAAACCAGUCCAGUGGAGAGGACUGCAUCGAGAUCGUAAUAUUUUACCUGAUGAGAAUUCGAAUCAGCAUGUAACAACGUGGUAUUAG